GACAACUUUGAUGAGGAUAAGUUUAGUUUCAAGGAAGAGGUUAUGACUUUACACCGAGGCAAGAAUUAAGUAGAGAGAAACUCUUCAAUGCAGUUAUUUCCUAUUGACUCUAACCUAAAACGCUGGGUUGGCUGUCACAGUACACUGGUUUCCUGCUCUGAGUAUGGGCUAUGAUGACUCUUUGUACUUUGACCGCUGAUGUUUUUCACAGACAGCUGAUAAGGCACAAGGGCUGUAUUCACUAAGAAUCAAACAGGUCGAAACGGGGAGGGACUAACCUGAACUUUUCCAAUAAGAAACGCUAGAUUUCAAAGAAAAAAUUUCUGCUAUGGUGUGCACUAAUGAAUACACCCCGGGGCUGAGUUUUAAGGUCAUGGUUUGUCGCUAAAGCAACUGCAUGCAGGGAGCUACACUAUAACUGUUUGAUUUACUUUCUCUGAAGCAUAGUGUUUUACAUGGGAUUAUAAUACAUUUUAGAUUUUUUUUUUAAUGAUCAAAUUAGGGAGUAUUUGAUUCCAUUUACAGCCGAAAUACAUUUGAAAGACUGCUUGGGCUAUUUUGGGCUGCCUUUCUGAAACGGUGUUUGAUCCCAUCUGUUCUAUCUGAAGACAUGCCUUCUUCAGGCGAUAUACUAUCUGAAGAGCAGUUCCAGUGCUCUAUCUGCCUGGAUGUCUUCACUGAGCCAGUCUCCAUCCCAUGUGGCCACAGUUUCUGCAUGGCCUGUAUAAAGAGACACUGGGAUAGCAGUGAUGCCUGCUAUUGUCCCAAAUGUAAGAGGGUGUUUGCGGGACGCCCUGAUCUCCUUGCGAACUCAUUCGCUAAAGACAUUUCAGAAAAGAUCAGGACGAACAGACGGAACGGAAUCAAGCAAUCGGAUGCCAAAUCCGGAGGCGUGCACUGUGAUGUCUGCAUGGGGAGAAAGCUCAAGGCCCUGAAGUCCUGCCUGGUGUGCCUGACUUCUUACUGUGAGACUCACCUGGAGCCUCAUCAGAGAGUGAUGACUCUGAAGAGACACAAGCUGGUGGACCCUGUGGAGAAGCUGGAGGACAGGAUGUGUAAGAAGCAUCAGAGACUCCUGGAGCUGUUCUGUAGGAGUGACCAGAGAUGUGUGUGUGUGCUCUGCACGGAGACGGAGCACAGGGCUCACGACACCGUUCCAGCGGAGAGAGAGAGUACGGCCAAGAAGGCUCAGAUGAAGAAAACUGAAGCAGAGGUGCAGCAGAUGAUCCAGGCCAGAUUGAAGAAGUUGGAUGAGAUCAAACACUCAGUCAAACUUAGCAGAAUAAAUUCAAAGAAAGAGAUAGAGGAUGGAGUGCAGGUCUUCACCGCUCUGGUGCGCUCCAUCGAGAGAAGCCAGGCUGAGCUCAUCGAGUUGAUCGAGGAGAAGCAGUCAGCAGCAGAGAGGCGAGCUGAAGGGCUCGUCAAAGAGCUGGAGCAGGAAAUCACUGAGCUACAGAGGAGAAGCACUGAGCUGGAGCAGCUCUCACACACCGAGGACCACCUCCACCUCCUAAAGAUUUUUCCAUGCCUGUGCACCCCUCCACCCACCAAGGACUGGUCUGAGAUCAGUGUUCACUCUGACCUGUGUUUGGGGAAUGCGAGGAGAGCUGUAUCUCUUCUGGAGGAGACAGUGGAGACCGCAAAAAACAAACUGUCAAUUAAAGAGCAUGAAAAGAUACAGCUGUGUGCAGUUGACGUAUCCCUGGACCCGAGCACUGCCAACCCCUGGCUGGUCGUGUCUGAAGAUGGUAAGCAAGUCUGGGACGGGGACAUGGAGCCGAGCCUCCUGAACGGCCCUCAACGAUUCGACACGGCACCCUGUGUCCUUGCCAAGGACGGCUUUGCCACCGGGAGGCACUACUGGGAGGUCGAGGUCGGAGACAAGACGGCUUGGGACCUGGGUGUGGCCAAGGAGUCCAUCAACAGGAAGGGCAUGGUCACACUGAGCCCUGAGGACGGCUAUUGGACGAUAUGUUUGAGGAGAGGAAGUGAGUACAGAGCAUGUGAGGGACAGUCGGUGUUGCUCCACUUCAGAGAGAAACCACGGAAGGUUGGGGUGUUUGUGGAUUACGAGGAGGGGAAGGUGUCGUUUUAUAAUGUAACCGACAGGUCUCAUAUUUAUUCGUUCACGGGCUACCAGUUUACUGAGAGGGUGAUCCCUUUGCUCAACCCAGAUAUGCGUGACAGCGGGAACAACAUAUCACCGCUCAUUAUACGUCCUGUUGGUGUUUUCAAUGGAGGUGGUAGUUUGGAUGAUGACAUAACAAUAUGAAAUUGACUUUGUCAUGGACAAUACAUUUCAUUUUGAAAGUGUCCUAAAGAGGAAAAUAGAAAACCAAAUGGACUUAAAUUGCCAUGGACUAAAAUUGAUAAAUGGGUUAUAGAAAGAUUCAGUAAGAUUCACUCCAUUUAAUUUUGUUGAAUUCAAUUAAAUUAUGAAUGCUCUUUUAAAUGCAGAUAGGUUGUGUUUUAUUUAUUUAUAUUUUAUGUCAUUGUCUGAGAAGAAGACAGAAGUUAAUGCAACUAUCCAAACCAAUCUUUAUUAGCUCAUGUCAUUAGCAACGGUCAUCAAUUUUUUUUUUUUUUUUACUAUUUGAAUGAAUGUAACAGUUGUACAAUAGAUGAAGAUAUUCCAAACUUUUCAAAUCCCUCAUAUACUGACUGAAUAAAACAUUGUUCUAGCAUGGACAAAUCGUUUAUAGAUUUGGGGUAUUUAGGUUGGAAUUCAGGUAUUCAAUGUACUGUAAAAUGUUUUUUAAAAUAUAUACGUUGUGAAAAAUAUAUCUAUAUGUGCCUCAUUUGCAUACACUAUCUAUACACUAUAUGUAUUUGCAUACAUUAAUAAAUUAAUAUAAAGGGGUGGAACAGGGCUACAACCACCAAAAAAUGUAUCUGUCUCGUACUACCUGAGCUGUCUAGGCUGCCUCAUUAAUAAUUUUGUCACAUUUUAUUACAUAAUUUAAUAAGUGUGUCAAGAGAAGGAUGAUGUAGUAACCAAAAAAGGGUUAAACAAAUCAAAAUUGGUAAAAGACAAAGUCCAUAUUACGGCAAGAGCAGCUCAAAAAAAGCAAAGAGAAAUUACAGUCCAUAAUUUCUUCAAGACAUGAAGGUCAGUCAAUCUGGAAAAUUUCAAGAACUUUUAAAGUUUCUUCAACUGCAGUUGCAAAAACCAUCAAGCGCUAUGAUGAAUCUGGCUCUCAUGAGGAAGGAAGACCCAGAGUUACCUCGGCUGCAGAGGAUACGUUCAUUAGAGUUACCAGCCUCAGAAAUUGCAGCCCAAAUAAAUGCUUCACAGAGUUCAAGUAACAGACACAUUUCAACAUCAACUGUUCAGAGGAGACUGUGUGAAUCAGGCCUUCAUGGUCAAAUUGCUGCAAAAAACACUACUAAAGGACACCAAUAAUAAGAAGAGACUUGCUUGGGCCAAGAAACACGAGAAAUGGACAUUAGACCAGUGGAAAUCUGUCCUUUGGUCUGAUGAGUCUAAAUUUGAGGUUUUUGGUUCCAACCGCUGUGUCUUUGUGAGACGCAGAGUAGGUGAACGGAUGUUCUCCUCGUGUGUGGUACCCUACCGUGAAGCAUGGAGGAGGAGGUGUGAUGGUGUGGGAGUACUUUGCUGGUGACAUUGUCAGUGAUUUAUUUAGAAUUCAAGGCACACUUAACCAGCAUGGCUACCACAGCAUUCUGCAGGGAAACACCAUCCCAUCUGGUUUGCGCUUAGUGGAACUGUCAUUUGUUUUUCAACAGGACAAUGACCCAACACACCUCCAGGCUGUGUAAGGGCUAUUUGACCAAUAAGGAGAGUGAUAGAGUAGUGCAUCAGAUGACUUGGCUUCCACAAUCACCCGACCUCAAACCAAUUGAGAUGGUUUGGAAUGAGUUGGACCGCAGAGUGAAGGAAAAGCAGCCAACAAGUGUUCAGCUUAUGUGGGAACUCCUUCAAGACUGUUGGAAAAGCAUUCCAGGUGAAGCUGGUUGAGAGAAUGCCAAGAGUGUGAAAAGCUGUCAUCAAGGCAAAUGGUGGCUACUUUGAAGAAUCUCAAAUAUAAAAUAGUUUUUGAUUUGCUUAACACUUUUUUGGUUACUACAUGAUCCCAUAUGUGUUAUUUCAUAGUUUUGAUGUCUUCACUAUUAUUCUACAAUGUAUAAAAUUAUAAAAAAUAAAGAAAUACCCUUGAAUGAG